AUGCUUUCCAAGUCCUUCGCCACUGCUGCUCUGGCUCUUGCCGCCUCGACCCUGGUGUCUGCCCAGACCUCUACCGACUGCAACCCCCUUGAGAAGACCUGCCCCAACGACCCUGCCUUUGGCAAGAACUCGGGUAACUGCGACUUCAGCAAGGGCGCAUGCAGCAGCUUCGAGAGCCUCCCCGGAACCACUCUCAAGUACAACGGCAACGGCGCUGUCUUCUCCAUCAGCACCGAGAAGGAGGCUCCCACCAUCCGCACCGGCAAGUACAUCUUCUUCGGCCGCAUCGAUGUCGUCGUUCAGGCCGCCGCUGGUGCCGGUAUCGUGACCUCUGCCGUUCUCCAGUCCGAUGAUCUUGACGAGAUCGACUGGGAAUGGGUUGGCGGUGACAACGCCCAGGCUCAGACCAACUACUUCAGCAAGGGCAACACUGCCACCUACGACCGUGGUGCUUUCCACCCCGUCGACAACCCUCUGGGAUCUUUCCACACCUACUCCGUGGAGUGGACUUCUGCCGGUGUCACCUGGCUGAUCGACAACAACGUUGUCCGCACCCUGACCGCUGCCAACGCCGAGGGCGGCGCCGAUGGUCUCCCCCAGUCGCCCAUGCAGGUCAAGCUCGGAACCUGGGUCGCCGGCCGCAAGGACGCUCCUCAGGGCACCGUCGAGUGGGCCGGUGGCUACACCGAUUUCUCCAAGGCUCCCUUCCUGGGCUACUACAAGAGCAUCUCCAUUGUCGACUACGCCGGUGCCGAUGCCCCCACCUCCAAGAGCGUCAAGGAGUACAUCUACAGCGACCACAGCGGCUCCUGGCAGAGCAUCAAG